GGGAGGACGGCGCCGACUCGUAACAAUACAUGACGGAAAUAUACGAGACAAUAACCGGAGUUACGCUUGAACUGCGGUUGUUUUUUUAAUUACCCAUACAUUUAAAGGUAAUUAUUAGAGCAUCGACUUGUUCUCUCCACAGACAAGCCGACUGUACACGCGGUUGCCCUUACAAAAGAAAUGACCUGUCCCACACCAGACCACCACGGAAAAUGGCGACUGUGAAAUAGAUGGAAGACGAAAGUAAGAAAUAAUUCAAUGCAGCGUAUAAACCGUGCCCUGCUGCCAUCCACUCAGCUCGGAGGUCAUGGCAGCUGAAAUGUCAUGUCUGUCAGGUGUUGACGAAGAUGACAAAGAUGCAGAUCCUGAGAUCAAUGCUCUUACACUCCUUCAGGAACCAGUGAGAAUGGCGCAAGAAUCAACCUCUUGCACCAAUUCUUUUAGCAAGUCUCCUCUGAAACAAAAUAAUGUCCUAGAUGUACUGUCAGAUGCAGACAUGUUGUCUCCAGUUGGGCUGGGAAAUGGACCUUCUUCACAUCAGGCCACUCAAGCCCAUGAACUCAACAGCCUCUCCAUUGAGAAAGAGGAGGAAAAGAGCAUUACCCCACUAAAAACUGUGCAGGAAAUUGACACAGCAGGGAUUUGGGGCUUUGAUGUAGAGUCCCCAGAGAACUCAUUGGAUAACUUUUCUAGUGCUAGCGACCUUCAUUGGGACCCUCACAAAGAGUUUAUGCAGUUUCUUUGGGAGAAUCAUAGUGAUUCCCCUGGUGAGGAAUCGAAAGAUGACGCCAACUCUGCCAACAGCCAAAGGAGACGAAAACGUAAAAUGGACAUGGUAGUCAUGGUGGAUCCCUCUGAAGACCUUUAUCCACAUAUGAGCCCCAAGUCAUCUGAGGAAUUGUCUGACACUGAAGCUCAGGUAGACUCGAGCCAUGUCAGAAAAGUCAGAAAGUCAAGGAAAUUCUCAACAUCACAGACAUCACCAGCAGGCAAGGUUUCAGGCUAUCCUAAUGGAACUGUAAAGGCCAUUAAGGAAAUUCUUUACAGUGCCCCUGCACGAAAUUCACAUGAGAACAGUAUAAGCCACAGCCUUUCAUCACUCAAAGGUAGACUCACGAUAAAUUCUCUUUCAGAUGGAAAACCAUCAUGUUACCCUUGCUCAAAAUGUAAGCUGAUAUUCAAGAAAGAACAUCAUUUGCAUCGUCAUAUGAAGUCUCAUGUUGAACCACCUAAAAUUUCACCAAAGCCUUUUAUAUGUCGAGAAUGUGGACAGUCUUUUAGACAAAGCCGUUCACUCAUUGAGCACAUGUCCAUCCAUCGGGGCAAGAAAACAAAACUCAACGAAGAGAUCAGAGAUUCAAAUGAUAAAAAGAAAGUGGACAAAAAUGCAAAGUUUUACUGCCCUCAAUGCCCAUUUGGAACAAACUGCCCAAACACAUUUGUUCAACAUGCAAAAACACAUGAGAAGGACAAGAGAAAGUUCAGAUGUGACAAAUGUAGCUUUAGGACUCUGAGUGAGAGUGAUCUUCAGAGACACAACAUUAUGCAGCACACUGUUAUUACAGUUAGAAAGCAGCUCCAGAAUGAUGACCCUGAAAUUUUCUCCUGUAACAUUUGUACAUAUAAAGCUUUUAGCAGAAACGUGUUUAAGAAUCACCUGCAGCGACGCCACCAACAAACCUUUGAGGAAUAUGAAGCUGCUCAUCUUUGUGAAAUGAAUGCACACCAACCCAAGGAGCCGUACAUGAACUCUUACAAAUCUCCAGUUGAAGAUGCAGAAUUCACAUCCAAAAUCUCAAUAAAUAAUCAGAUCUCUUCGAAAACGUGUUCCCCUAAUGAGUCCAGUGACAUUUCAGACUUGUUCAAGAAUAGCAAACUAAGGAAGGGGCCCAAGUCCCAAAUGACAGAGUCAAAACUUGACAAGUCCAUUAACGUUCUCCUGUCUCGACAGAGACAUGGAAAAAAGACAGCCGAACAAAAGAAGGAAAGCAAUAAUUGUGAAGCAUCGGUUCUGGAUCUCAAAGGUUCAGAAGACAACUGUGAUGAGCUACCAGGUGAUUUGACUUUCAAGGUUGAAGAUUUACCUUCAUCCCCAAAUGGGCCCAAGUUGAAUGUAGAUAUGUCUGCAAUCAAAAAGUCACCUUCUAAAAGGAAGAUGUCCACCCCGUAUCGGAACACUUCUGACCAAGAAUCAUGCUUUAUCUUGCAAAAACCAUUGCCAAGUCCCAAGAUAACGAAUCAUGAAGAUGACGAAGAAGAGGAGGAUGGGACAGGCUACGAUGAAGCGGACAUUUUCCAGUUUAAGGAUACAGAUACCAACAGUAACCUUUUUGACAACGUUAUCAAAAAAGAAAAACAAAACAUUAUUUAUACCUAUAGCAGAAGAAUGUCCAUGAGAGGUGCAAUUCAAGCAUCUAAAAGGUUAUUUGAGAAAAUCAAGUCUGAAGAGCAAGAAAAGAACCCUGAAAUCAAAGAAGAAUGCAUUGAAACUGAAGUAUUCCAAGAAACCUUUGACCCCCACCAAAUACCAUUUGGUGAAUCCUUUGGAGACGAUUUGUCAGAGUUGGAAUCAGAUCCCAAGAACUGCCCAUACUGUCCUGCAAUCUUUGAGUCAGGUGUGGGGUUGUCAAACCAUAUUCGAGGACAUCUGCAUCGCGUUGGGCUCAGUUACAAUGCACGCCAUGUUGUCCCUCCUGAAGAGGUAGCUUCUCAAGACAGGAGGCCAAGAGUUCGACGCAAGAUGUCUGCAUUGCGCCGAUUGAGAAAAGCAUUGCAGCAAGAGUCGGAUUCCGAAGUCGUAAAGAGCGUUCACUCCUGUCCAUUAUGUGGGGACUCGUUCGACAACAGGACUGGACAGUCCAACCACAUACGAGGCCACCUGAAAAAGCUUGGAAGAACCUUUGUCACGAAGACCAAAUCCCCCCUAAUUUUACUGAGGGAGUUGAUGCGUGACAAGAAGGAGUUCCAGCGUGCUGUUCAAAUCCUGGGAAAGAGACGAAACCAUUUCCAAUACAGUGCUUCACCAAAGCUGCCCAGUGCUGAUCGCUUCACAUCAACCCCCACUGGAAUUCCAAAAAGUAGUUCUAAUUCAAGCCUUUGCACUGAUGCCAAACCACUGAUGCCCAAAUUUUCUUUAGGAGAAAUCAAAUCUGAAAAAAGGCAACUGGAGAGUAAUAUGGAUGUUAAAAAUUCACUCUCUGGCACAACCGCCUUGAUAGGAAUUCUGAAGAAGAGGAAAUGUCAGGAAGAUGUCAGAAUAAAAGCAUCCCCUCAGAUGUCAAGAAACACGGUGACGGUUUCCCCAAACAGUGAGCACAGUUCAGGAUUGAGAGUUGCAUCUUCACUGCCGAACUCAGUAUCCGAGAAAGGUGAAUUCAACAGGAAGGUUUGUGUUCAUUGCAAUGCAACUUUCCACAGUGGAGUCAGCUUAUCCAAUCACCUCCGCGCAUAUGCAAAAAGACAAAGGAUUGCCUUACUUGAGGGAACCACAAUUGACUGUAAAGCAGUGAGGACCCGCUCAAGGCCUGGCUCCAAGAAGAAGACACUGCCCUUAACCCAGACUCCAGAGGAAAUGUACAGGCUCACCUGCAGGUUCUGUGACCUCGUCUUCCAGGGUCCCCUGUCGGUCCAGGAGGACUGGAUUAAACAUUUACAGAGGCACAUUAUGAACACUGGUGUCCCUCACACUGGGCUCGGCAUGGUGGAGGUCACCCCGUUGGCCACGGAGCCCCCGACCUUCAAGACUGAUAAAGACAGCUCUUUGACAGUCUCACACGCUGCCUCAUGAGGCCAAUGGGGACCUUUUUAGAUUUCACUAGACUGUAUGUGUAUGUACAUUGGAUGUUCUUUCACUUUUCUUUUCUUUCUUUCUUUCUUUUUUUUUUAGUCAACACAAUGGCCAAAAGUACAAUAAAACUCGAUGCUUAAGAUAUUGUACAUCUUUGGACACUUGGACAAAUGAAAAAGGUUAAUUAUUUUGGAUAUUGUUACCUUUUGUCUGUUUUUACUUGGUCCACUUUCUGGAAAACAAUUCUAAGAGGACAAACUGUUUCUGUUUUAUGCAGUAAUGUAGUGUGGAACCCAUUUCUAAUGAAGACAACUUUUACCUCAGAUUUCUCAUGGUUUGGGUCAGUUUUUUUGUCAGCAAUUGAUAGCACUUCUCCUCUGUGUCAAUAUUCACACGAACAACACAGAAUCAGUUUUCUUUGUGUCAAUCAAACAGCCCAGUCUCCUUUCAGGCCAGAGUUACUGAGAUGAAUAUUUCAAGAAAGUGCGAAAUGAAAUGUCUGCAAACUUGUUAUGCAUAGAAAGUGUUUUUUAUAGUAUUUCAGUAACUGCAUUGUUUCUAAUACAAAGUUAAAACUGAAGGUGGUUUAGGAGGUUAAAAAAAAAGAGCUAACAGGCACAGCCUGUGCUGUUCAUGCCCUUCAUACAUGUCACCUAUAUUUAAUGUUUAAAUAUACUGUUUUAAGAUAAUUUAAUUUUAAAUGUACUAUAUUACACAGAUACAAUGCUUAAAACAUUUGUGUUGUUCUAAAUAAACAAAAGCAAAGAAA